GAAGUCGUUCUUCCGCAGGAAAUUCAUGUAGAAGUGUAGCAUCGCUAGCAUUCUGAGACAAGCUUCCCAUUUAGCGUCUUCUCUAAGUUGACAGCAUAUGGUCAUUGAAAACAAUCUUUAAGAUUUAACUUAACUGUUUCUCUCUGAGAGAGAAGGCAGUGAGAUAUUCAGGAUGGAUAAAGCUCUACUGAGAGAGCGCGAGCUCUUUAAAAAGAGAGCUCUGUCCACUCCUGUAGUUGAAAAGAGACAAGCAACCUCUGAGUCCUCUGGAUCCUCCAAGAAGAAAAAGAGCAAACCUGACAAAGAGUUAUCCUCCAAAAACAGCACAGAUCCCAGCAAUGGCUCUUUCAAUCUCAAAGCACUUUCUGGGAGUUCAGGUUACAGAUUUGGAGUUUUGGCCCGAAUUGUCAACUACAUGAAGACAAGGCACCAGAGAGGUGAUACUCAUCAUCUGACUCUGGAUGAAAUUCUGGAUGAGACCAAGCUGCUGGACAUAGGCAUGAAGCAGAAACAGUGGCUUAUGAGCGAGGCAUUAGCAAGUAAUCCUAAAAUUGAUGUUCGGGAAGGUAAAUAUGCCUUUAAACCCAAGUAUCAUCUGAAGGAUAAGAAAGCUCUGCUAAGACUACUGGACAAACACGAUCAACUGGGACUAGGAGGAGUGUUACUAGACGAUGUUGAAGAGGGUCUACCCAAUGCAGCCAAGGCUAUUAAGGCACUUGGGGAUCAGAUUAUAUUUGUGACCAGGCCAGAUAAGAAGAAGGUCCUUUUCUACAAUGACAAACACUGUCAGUUUGUUGUUGAUGAAGAGUUCCAAAAGCUGUGGCGCAGUGUUCCUGUUGAUUCCGUAGAUGAGGAAAAGAUCGAAGAGUAUCUGAAGAAGCAGGGCAUAUCGUCCAUGCAGGAGACAGGACCAAAGAAAAUAGCACCCAUUCAGAAGAGGAAGAAACCUGGAACCCAGAAAAAGAGACGGUUUAAGACUCAUAAUGAUCAUCUGAACGGAGUACUGGAGGACUACUCUGAGGGAGUUCCCUCCAAGAAGUGACACACACAUGCAGCUUUAGAGGCUCAAAGUGACAAGACCGAUAUCUGUGUGAUGUUUGUAUAUCUGAUCUAAUGUCUUAUUGCCAAAACCAUAAAGACAUGCAGACAAACACACAUACACCGUUAAAACUGUACUGAGUGACACGAAUGUGAACGGAUUGUAAAUAUUUCCUUUCCACUGUUAUGUUUUACUUUUUGCUAGUGCUGUACAAAUAUACAAUUAGGCUGCUCUUUCUAUAGAUUUAAAGAUUAAAAAAAGAGCAAUCAAACCACAUCCAUUGUUUCCUUUCAAAGUUAUUUAUGUAUUAAUAUAUUUCUUUUUGGGAUCAGUAAUAUUUUUUUUUAAGUUUCUCCUGCUCAAGGCAGCAUUACUUGAUCAGAAAUAUACAGAUAAAAAGUGAUAUUGUGGAAUAUUAUUGCAAUUUAGACUGUUUUAUAUGUUUAAAAUAUAGUUCAUUUCUGUUGUGGCAAAAGCUUAAUUUUCAGCAUCAUUACUCCAGUCUUUAGUGUCACAUGAUCCUUCAAAAAUCAUUCUGAUGUGCUGAUUUAUUAUCAAUGUAGUACUCUUAUCUCGCCAUUAAUGGCAUUCCAAAAUAAAAGUUUUUGUUU